AACAGAUUUUGAAAAUGACUCUUUGGAACGUCUGCUUGACAGCGCUUGUGUGGACAUGUCAGAUAAAUAUAGGAUUCUCAGCGCUUGACAGUUGUACCGUAGAUGCAGAGUGUACAGCGAACGCCGUAUGUGACGUCAACAAGGUAUGCACGUGCCAGGCCUCAUUUUUUGAACGUGGGAAACGGUGUGAGCCAAAAGGUUUGGACGACACAUGCUCAGCAGAUGAUGAUUGUGUCGCCGUGAACAACGCCAUGUGCUCUGGUGGAGCCUGCACGUGCAAACCCUCAUUCAACGAGCAGCAAAAGGCUUGUCAUCCUGUUGUUGGUAUCGGUUCCGCCUGCGAAGCGAAGCAAGACUGCAGCCUAGUUGAGAACACGGAUUGUGUUGAAGGUCAGUGCGCGUGCAGCCCCUCCUUCCAUGAGCAGGACGGCACGUGCAACCCCGACUCCGCUCCGACCACCAGCGGUCUGAUGGACGUGUGUUCAACGGACGGCGACUGUGCGGCCGUGGGGAACGCCAUCUGCAGCUCGGACAACAGCUGUGUCUGCCACUCGGCCUUCAUGGAAAAGGGCAAACGAUGUGAACCCAAGGGUCUGGAUGACCCGUGCACGGGAGAUCAGGAAUGUGUCGCCGUGGACAAUGCCACGUGCUCUGAUGGAACAUGUACGUGUAAACCAGGCUUCCACGAAAAGGCUGGCGUCUGCAGUCCCGAGUCCGCCCCAACCAGCAAAGGUCUGUCGGCCGUGUGUUUAAUGAACGGCGACUGUGCGGCCGUGGGAAACGCCAUCUGCAGCUCGGACAACCUCUGCGUCUGUCACCCUGCCUUCGUGGAAAAGGGCAAACAAUGUGAACCCAAGGGUCUAAUGGCCGAGUGUACAAUGGAUACGGAGUGCGUGUCUGUUGAGAACGCCGUCUGCAACACCAACAACCAAUGCGCAUGCGCAACAGCAUUCGAACAGAAGGGACAGGGCUGUGACGCUAAAGGCCUUGGUGACGCGUGCUCGGACACAGGAGAAUGUGGUUCCGUUGACAACGCCUCCUGCGGACAAGACCGGACGUGUGAAUGUAACCAGGGUUUCACGAAGAAGGGGGAUAACUGCGUACCAGACAGUACAAAACCUAAAAAGCCGAAAAACGCCGCACCCGGACUUACAGCACCACUCACGUCAUUGUUCAUAGUGUUCGUUGGAAUAUUUCGUGUUUCCUAAAGGCGUUGAUGAUAGUUGGCCCCCGCAACGUCGGAAGUAAAUGUUUGGAGUGGAGCAGAACGUUUUUGUACUCCGAACUGUCACAGAUGAUCGGGAAUAGUCAUAAUGUGUUGUACUUCAUAUAUUAUUGUACGCGUGUGUGAAAUAAUA